AUGUUUUGGAGAGUGUUGCGUUGGGUCGGCACAACGCUCACGUACACCUUUAUCCUUUUGACCGUCAUGUCGUUGGUCAUGGAAAACUCUGGCUUACUCAAGACUACAUCCGUAACCCAGCCUGAAUAUGAGGUGUCGGCCGAUCAAGCCGUCAGAUUUGACGAUGUUCAGGGGUGUGAUGAAGCUAAGCAAGAUCUGGAAGAGAUCGUCCAGUUUCUCAAAAACCCUCACAAAUUUACCGAGCUGGGUGGAAAGCUCCCCAAGGGUGUACUCUUGACUGGUCCUCCAGGAACCGGUAAGACUCUGUUGGCUAGAGCAGUUGCCGGUGAAGCAGGUGUGCCGUUCUUUUUUAUGAGUGGAAGUGAAUUCGACGAGAUGUACGUCGGUGUGGGUGCUCGUCGUAUACGAGAACUGUUUGCGGCUGCUCGCCAAAAGGCCCCUAGUAUUGUAUUCAUUGACGAGUUAGACGCUAUCGGAUCCAAGCGCAACCCAAAGGAUUCAAACUACACAAAACAGACACUCAAUCAACUCUUGGUCGAUUUGGAUGGGUUCUCACAAACCGAAGGUGUUAUUUUUAUUGCUGCGACAAAUUUUCCUGAAUCUCUUGACAAAGCGUUGGUUCGACCGGGGCGAUUCGAUCGGAUGGUCAAUGUACCUCUGCCCGAUGUUCGUGGUCGAGUUGAGAUUCUCAAACUUCACUUGAAGAAUGUGACAAUUGACCCAAAGAUUGAUAUAAGUGUGAUUGCUAGAGGUACGCCUGGUUUCAGUGGUGCUGAGUUGGCCAAUCUUGUGAAUAUUGCGGCUAUUCAGGCCAGUAGAGAUGGUGUACGUGAAGUGAAGAUAAAACAUCUCGAGUUUGCAAAAGACCGAAUCAUUAUGGGAGCCGAACGAAAGAGUGCAGUUCUCACUGAAGAAAGUCGACGGCUUACGGCGUACCACGAAGGUGGCCAUGCUCUGGUUGCGUAUUAUACCCCUGGAGCUAUGCCACUCCACAAAGCGACUAUUAUGCCUCGCGGAAGUGCACUCGGGAUGACGGUACAACUUCCGGAGAUGGACAAGAACUCGUUUACCCGUGGAGAAUUUCUUGCCCAAUUAGAUAUUUGUCUUGGAGGACGGAUAGCGGAAGAACUUAUCUAUGGAGCCGAAAGUGUUACGAGCGGUGCGCACAGUGAUAUCGUAAAGGCUACGGAGAUUGCUAAACGGAUGGUGCGCUAUUAUGGCAUGAGUGAAAAGGUUGGGCCGGUGCAGUAUACGGAUGAGGAUAUGAUUCUUCUGAGUUCGACUACAAAGAUGGUGAUUGAAAGAGAAAUGAAGCAAUUACUACUGAGCGCAGAAGAAAGAGCCCGGGAGCUGUUGGUUGUGCAUAUGGAGGAGCUACAUCGUUUAUCAAAGGCGCUUUUGGAAAAAGAAACAUUAGACCAACAAGAGAUGAUUGACAUUAUAAAAGGAAAUUCGUAUGAUAAGAACAACAAGUCAGCUUAA